AUGGCGGAUCGCCGGCCGAACCGGCCACCAGUGAAGCAUCUCGGAGGCUGCAUGAUUUUUGGCAACACCACCUUGGGCCACAGCUCCGUGAAGUUCAAACCGCGGCGGCGGCCCCAGGAACCCUGCGAUGCCUUGCAGAAGGCGCACGCCACCAACAUCCUCCAUCACUUCCGGAAAUCUCUUCAGGGGAGAGGCUCCGUGGAUGAGCACCUGCGAGCCGUAUUCCAGAAGUCGAAGGCUUCGAAGGGAUGCGAGGGCAGCCCGCUUGGCGAGGUCGCGCAUGCGAGCCGAAGCUUUCUGAAGAGCUUGGGGUCUCUCGGUCGACGGGAACAUGGGCCCUGGUGCAGCCACUGUUUCGACCUCGCCUGGUGGGAGGCCCAAAACUUAACUGGGGCCUUAUUCAGACCAUGGCCCUAUCACAGCUUGUUCAAGAGGGGCUUGAAGCAGUCUGUCGCGGCGAUGAGAGCCUGUGGGUUGGAGGGCCGAUUCUUCCCAUCGGAGGGCACUCUGAUUGCCUUGGUCCGAUAUGGCAAGAUGGCUUUUGACCUCGGCGGGGCUGUCGACCACGUGGACAAGGACAUCGACAUGAAGAUCUUCGUUCGGUCCCAGCUCGAGUUCCUUCUGAAGAAGAAAUGCAUCACCUCCUACCUCGAAAACCUAAAAAAUGGGGGCUGGAGUUGCUCUGAACCUGUUUACGUGAGCGACUCUCCCACUGGUACUGGCGAACCUUGGUUCUUCGGCUGCAUUGUUUCACGCAGGGAGGGUGGCUUUGAAACCUUUGGAAGCACCGUGGAGCUUCAUGUUGGACGCUUCUUCGUGGCCGGUGACACCAUCCGGAUGGCUCGGAACUGCAGCACAAACGGCUUCUGUCGGAAGCUUCAAGACGAACUGGGUUCGGUGAAGAGGCUCUGGCUGCCUGCCGCGAAAUGCAGGGCUUACGACACUUGGGUGCCUUGCCCAAAGUCGCCGCAGGCCAUGAUGCAAAGAAGCAAGGAGCACUCCGACCACUUCCGGGGGCAUGUGGCUUUGCCAGCUGUUGCAGUAGAGCGAUGCGCGUUUCACCCGGGAACCGUGCGCUUGAUUCAGCGCGGCCUCAGGCCUCACCACAUGGUAAAGCUUCGCCGACAGGCACUGCUGCUGCACCGCGGUGGGUGGGCAUCUUUCUACAGCUUCUGGUUUGAUGAAAAUGGACGGCCGAAGCCCUUGCCCGAACCACGAACAGCCGACAUGCGGCCAGGGGGCGCAGGUCGUUUUUCGCGCAAGCUCCCUGUGACGGAUCCGGUGCACACCUUUAUGACCAGGUUCAGAGGCUUGGUCCAGGUCCAGGCAUUUUCGGCGAUCAUACCUGGCUCAGAGCGUGAUCUGAACUUUGCCAGUGGCACUGCGCACGCCUCUGGCCUUGCAGCUCAGGAGCCGCCCGUCGAAUGGGUUCUCUAUCACAAGCCUCUUGUGAGACACGCAUCACAAGCCAUACUGCAGCUUGCAAUGUCUCCAUUUCACUUGGCUGUGUUGUGGGAGUUGAAGCCGCUGGAGCUUUGCAUGGCAUAUUUCGUGGAUGCCAUGUUGCGGUGUGACAAUGAUAAAGCUGACACCAAACACCACUCUUAUGUGCAAAGCCUCUGCAAAAGCUGGGCAAGCCAUGAGAAAGAUACUAUUGCCAUUAGCAACAUCUCGGCAGUGCAAGACCGUUCCUUUCUUCAGCUGCUGUGGCUAAUCGCCGCAAGGUGCAAAGAUAUCCCAGUCCGGCGGCCGGAGGGGAAGCUGAAACCUGGCCAGAUGUUCAAUCCCUGGUUGCGGUCACUGCGCCGAGCACAUCCUGGGCUCAAUGAGCAGCAAGUGGAGGCGCAGCCGGAGCCUGCCCCGCCGGAGCCGGCGUCCCCGGAGCCUGAGGAUCCGAAAGUCAUCCUGGACCCGCCCCUGGAGAUCGACUCGCAGGUCUUGUACAGAGCGCAUCAGAUCUUGACGAUCCUGUCUGCAGCUGGAGUUCUAGCUCCUGCCGGCACACCGGAGCAAGGCAAGAUCUUGCGCGAAGAGGCCAUCGUACAGUUUGUAGCCCGCCACCGGCGACUGGCCGGCCUUCGUGGCUUCAGCGUGGCCUUGCCGAAGAUCGUUUUCCACUGGACCCAGGAAAAGAAUUUCGCAAGUAUCGUCCGUGAAGGCUUGCGGGUUCCUGACGGAGCAGGAGUGACUGUAGCGCAUGGAAGCUCUUUCGGAAAAGGCAUUUAUGUUUCACCGGAGUAUCGUUAUGGAAAGGAGCUUUUUGCGUACGGUGCACAGGCUGCCUUCAUGUGCCUGGCUUUGCCCGGCAAGCAGCACUUUGGAAAGCCACCAUCGAAUGGCCGAGGAUUUCUGGCCCCUGGGGACGAAGGCUACGACAGCGUCAUCGGCCGCGAAGGCCAAAGGGGCAUUGAUGAGUGGGUGUUCUUCCGCCAAGACCAGUUGCUGUUGUGCUUCCUGGUUGAUGAGCUCGGCAUGCUGGCAGCCAAAGAGGCUGCGUUUGCUGCCAUCAAGGUGUUGCAUCAGCCUUGGCCGCAGUCCGAUCCAGAGAGUCCAGAGGCUUCACUGCCGGUGGCACCAGUGCAGGAUGUGCAGGCUAGCCGAUGGCAGCGGCGGCACACACAAGAUGCUGGGGCGCGCGCCAAUGAGUCUGAGCUCGGCUUGCUUAGCUUCGACAGGCUGCCGAGGGCUCGCAGAGCACUGGCCGGUGGAGAGACCGGCGACGAACUCGUGGCUGUGGGCUAUGACGGUCCCCUGCAGUCCAGAUGCCGAAAAAAGAAGGCGCGCCUGGGUCAGUGCGGCCUUCUCAAAAGGUACUUCUUGCUGAACCGCCAUACUGGUCAGUACUUGUAUGCCGGAGGUUUGGGGCAGACAGGUGUCAACGACACGGCUAUGUGGUCAGUUGCUGAGACUCAGGACGCUGCUGUGUACCGGAUUCAGAACGCGCAGACCGGGGAGCAGCUAGGUUCGCACACAUGGCUCAUUCACAGCACUUGUCGCGGGGGUUGCAUCAGCCUGGCGGACCACGACGGACAGGUCCUGGCGCCUCUGACAAAGCAGGACGGAACCUAUGGGGUAGCUCCGAUGCCUGUUCAGGAGGCCGGAGCUUCAGCUUACUGGAUCCACUUGCCACCUUGUCUCCGCGAGGAUGCACUUGAGAUGAAGCAGACGGAGUGCUUUCCAGAAGGCUCGCAGUGGAGUGGCAUGGCUGCCGACUGCUGCAACACGCAUCGGUAUGGGGCGGGCGGCAAUCCAAGCUGCUGGGAUGGCAUGUUCACCUUGGAGCGCUGUUGUCCCAAGGCUGCGAGAUCUGCGGUGACGGCGGUGGAAGCUCCCAGUGCGGCGCCGCAGCUGCUGUGUACCGGUGAGCGGCUGCAAGGAACUGAGCGCUUCAUAAGGCAGGCUGGUUUCGAUGGCGAACGCAUGUGGCAUCCCUCCAAGACCUUCGAGGCGGCGUUUGACUUUGCCCUCGAGGACGACGGGGUCAUACUUCGCGUUGCAAGUGGGCUUCCAAAGUGUGGAGGUCCGGCGCUGUUUCAGGAGGCGGAGGCCAUCCUAGAGGAGAUCGAGCAGCAUCACGUGCAAAUGCUCCGCGAGCUCCACGAGGCCCUCAUGGACGUCUCUAAGCGUCACACCCGGCAGUCCUUGCAUCCUGCGACCUACUUGCCCUUCUUCCCGUACUUGCUCAUGGCCCUGCACCAGCGCACCGGGAAGGCGGACUACUUGCACUGCAUCUCACGCACCGCAGCCACCUUGGCACUGGCACCUUCGUGGGCUCGAAACGCUGGCUACGACUUCGUAUUGCCAAUCGGCUAUGAUCGACCCUGGGAAAGACGAGGGGUGCCAGCAGAUGGGCUGGAGACCGACCCGUACACUUUGCAGACAUACGACGCUAGACUUGGCAACGUGCUGCUGCUGGCCACGCACGACACCUUCUUCGGUGAUCGGCACAGCCUGCUGACUCCGAACUACGGCGGCGGAGCAUAUCGGAACUUGAGGAAUCUUGUUGUCCCACUUCCCUUCUUGCUGAAUUGCACUUUCUGGCGCUCGUCACUGGAGCAUCGGGCAAGGCCAUCCUCCUCGCAGCAUCGAUUCCGCGUGAGUUUCGCGGGCUCGCAAAAUGGCGACACUCGGGCCUUGAUGCACCGGGCGUCCGCCACGGUGGCAUCCCGUCCAAACCCCAGGCAUCUCUGCAGAGCAGCGCGCAUUGCUCGCGGUUCGAUUCGUAGUGUCGGAUGA